CAAUCGCUCUCUCACCACACACACACACACACACACACACACACACACACACACACACACACAGCAAGGGGAAGGUGUGGGCACCAAACUGAAAGACCGGAGGACAGAGGACAGAAAACCGAGGCUGAACAGCUCAACUGGUGUGUAAUAGACUGGAUCAAGACGAAAGAUUGAUACCGUCCCCCUCUCUCUCUCGCUCUCUCUCUCUCUCUCCCACCCUUCACUCUUCUUUCUCUCUCUUUCACCCUUUCAUUUUCUCUCCGGAGGCAUGCAGCUGACAUGAACGACAGAGCAGGACUCUCGUCCGGAUCGUACGAGGCAUGGUGUGGGUUCAUGCUCAGCGACAUGAUGCGAUCGAGUCCCACUUUAUUCGCACUCACGCGAUCAUGGGACUAGCGGACGUCCUGACCGAACUCUGCGCUCUCUCUGUUUCAAUUUAACGACUAAAAGAAGGCGCUGGAAAAUCUGGUCCUUUUUUCCCCAGCUGAAGCACUUUGAUGCUGAUUCGGGUCCCGGACUUGUUUUUUUUUUUGUUGUUUUUUGCGCGACUAGUCCCUCAGCGUAUCCGGUCACUAGUGGGCGGUGCCGCUGCCCGGCAUGCUUUUGAAGCCGACCGUGCCGGGGCUGUGCGCCAUGUUGCAGACCAUCUACGAGACUGAAUCCUGUUUCUCUUCAGACAGCACGUCCGGAACGAACAUGCCCAGCACAGUGGUGGAGGUGAAGAGCUCGCUGCCCUCGGGCAUGCAGAGUCCGGUGGCUGGAGGUGUCGGUGAACAGGGUGGAGGUGGUGGAGGAGGAGGAGGAGGAGGUAGUGGUGGUGGUGGCGGCAGUGGCGGUGGUGGAGGAGGAAGCGCAGGAGGUGGAGGAGGUCCGGUGGACUUGCGAACGGAUCCUCGUCUGAGCGCUCUGAGCGUGAUGGACCCGGCGCUGAGGGAACAGCAGCUCCAGCAUGAACUUCUCCUCCUCAAGCAGCAGCAGGAGCUCCAGAAGCAGCUGCUGUUUGCCGAGUUCCAGAAGCAGCACGAGGUGCUGACACGACAGCAUGAGGUCCAGCUGCAGGAGCACCUCAAGCAGCAGCAGGAGUUGUUGGCAGCGAAGCGUCAGCAGGAGUUGGAGCAGAAAAGAAAGUUGGAGCAGCAGAGGCACGAGGAGAUGGAGAAACAGAGGCUGGAGCAGCAGCUCAUAAUGCUGAGGAACAAGGAGAAGGGCAAAGAGAGUGCUAUUGCCAGCACCGAAGUCAAACUGAAGCUCCAGGAGUUCCUGCUGAGCAAAAAGGAACCCCUGUCUGGUGGGCUCAACCAUUCCUUCCCACAGAAGUGCUGGGGCGCUCACCAUACGUCCAUAGACCAGAGCUCCCCACCACAAAGCAACACCCCCGGCACACCCCCUUCGUACAAACUGCCCUCCUUAUUAGGAUCCUAUGAGGGCAAAGACGACUUCCCGCUUCGCAAGACAGCAUCGGAGCCCACUAAGGUCCGUUCACGGUUAAAACAGAAGGUAGCUGAGAGGAGGAGUAGUCCUCUACUCCGCCGUAAAGACGGCACCGUCAUCAGCACCUUCAAAAAGAGAGCCAUAGAGAUCUCGGUGUCCUCCAUGUGCAGCAGCGCCCCCGGCUCAGGCCCCAGCUCCCCCAACAGCUCCAACAGCGCCAUCGCCGAAAAUGGCUCCAGCGGCUCUGUCCCAAAUAUCCACGCUGAGCUGCGUUCCCUCCACCAGUCCCUAAACGCAGACGGAGCGGUGAGCCCCCUGAGCCUGUACACGUCUCCAUCUCUGCCCAACAUCUCAUUGGGUCUGCCGGCGAACGCACACAUCACGGCUCCUCAGAAGCUCGGGGGUCAGUCAGAGGCCGAGCGGCAGGUGCAGAUGCAGGGGGUACGUCAGGGUGGCGUGUUGGGGAAGUUUGCCAGUGGCUCGUCCGUGUCCGUGUGUCUGGACUCGGAAUCUCCGUCAGCUCCUAACAGCCACAGCAGCCACAACUCACUACUGCAGCACGUCCUCCUGCUGGAGCAGGCACGGCAGCAGAGCGCACUGCUUGCAGUGCCCAUGUACGGCCAGUCGCCACUAGUUACGGGUGAACGGGCGUCCAACAGCAUGCGGACGGUCAGUAAACUGCCCCGGCACCGCCCUCUGGCUCGUACGCAGUCCGCUCCGUUACCACAGACCCCGCAGGCGCUGCAGCACCUCGUCAUCCAGCAGCAGCACCAACACUUCCUGGAGAAACAGAAACACUACCAGCUCAACAAGAUCCUAUCUAAAGGGGUGGAGCUUCCGCGUCAACCACCGACCCACCCCGAGGAGACGGAGGAGGAGCUUACAGAAACUGCAGAGAUGCCUGAGGACUGGGGGGAGGGCCCUGAGCGUGUGAGGGAGGGGCUAAGCAAAGACAGUUCUGGUGAGACCACGCCCCCUUCUGAGCGCUUGGUCCCGCUGAAAGGGGAGAGCACGGAAAGCGAUCUUGAGGAAGACGAGGAUGAGGAUGAAGCCAUCGAGCUGAAGGAGUGCGAUGAAGAGGGCGACCCCUACAGGCAGUUCACGGAGCAGCAGCACCUGCAGCAGUUGAACGUGUUCCAGGCAUCUUUGUCCAUCACUGGAAUGCCUCACAGACCCCUGGGAAGGGCUCAGUCGUCCCCAAUCACCUCCAGUCUUAAAGCCACGCCCAUGGCAGAAUUACCCAUCAAGCACCUCUUCACUACAGGUCUGGUGUACGACACGCUCAUGCUGAAGCACCAGUGCAUGUGCGGAAACACACACAUCCACCCCGAGCACGCCGGACGAAUCCAGAGCGUUUGGUCCAGGCUGCAGGAGACGGGCCUGCUGGGUCGUUGUGAGAGGAUCCGGGGCAGGAAAGCGACCCUGGAUGAGAUCCAGACGGUGCACUCGGAGUAUCACACACUGCUGUACGGCACGAGCCCCCUCAACCGCCAGAAACUCGACAGCAAAAAGCUCUUAGGUCCGAUCAGUCAGAAGAUGUACGCUGUCCUUCCGUGUGGAGGGAUCGGGGUGGACAGCGAUACGGUGUGGAACGAGAUGCACUCCUCGGGAGCCGUCCGCAUGGCCGUGGGCUGCGUCAUCGAGCUCGCUUUUAAGGUAGCAGCCGGAGAACUGAAGAACGGAUUCGCUGUUGUCCGUCCCCCGGGUCACCACGCAGAGGAGUCCACAGCCAUGGGUUUCUGCUUUUUCAACUCUGUAGCCGUCACAGCCAAACUGCUCCAGCAGAAACUGGGCGUGGCCAAAAUCCUCAUCGUAGACUGGGACAUUCACCAUGGCAACGGGACCCAGCAGGCUUUUUACAAUGACCCCAACGUGCUGUACAUCUCCCUGCAUCGCUACGACGACGGGAACUUCUUCCCUGGAAGCGGUGCCCCUGAAGAGGUGGGAGUGGGUCCUGGUGUGGGCUUUAAUGUGAACAUAGCGUGGACGGGUGGAGUCGAACCUCCUAUGGGUGAUGUGGAGUAUCUAACAGCCUUCAGGACGGUGGUGAUGCCCAUCGCUAACGAGUUCUCCCCGGAUGUGGUGCUGGUGUCGGCCGGGUUCGACGCCGUUGAGGGUCACCAGUCUCCGCUCGGAGGCUACAACGUCACCGCCAAAUGUUUUGGUCACCUGACCAAGCAGUUGAUGAAGCUGGCAGGCGGCCGCGUGGUCCUAGUGCUGGAGGGGGGUCACGACCUCACAGCCAUCUGUGACGCCUCCGAGUCGUGUGUCGCCGCGCUGCUUGGAGAUGAGCUGGACCCGCUGCCUCAGUCUGUGCUUCAGCAGAAACCGUGUCCAAAAGCAUCAGCGUCUCUCGAGAGAAUCAUUGAGAUCCAGAGUAAACACUGGUCCUCAGUAGAAAGAUUCGCUCCCACGGUGUCUCAGUCUCUGCAGGACGCUCAGCGGCGGGAGAAGGACGAAGCAGACACAGUGACGGCCAUGGCGUCUCUGACCGUGGACACGGAGCACACGGUGUCCUCCUCACAGAGCAGCAGGGCUGCUGAGGAGCCGAUGGAGGAGGAGCCCGUGCUGUAGGAGGGGAAGAAGAACCGUCCAGCACGACGCAAUAGCGUCCACUUCCUGCUCGGCAGCGACACUCACCCUUGAGUCACUCGUCCUUUCCUUCCACGCAGCUCUUUGAUCGGUUCCUUCACUCGUUCUUCAGGUGCUCGAUGGACGUACGCAGAACCUCUGCUCCACUCCCGUGUGAGGAGGAGGAGAAGGAGGAAGACGAGGAGGACGAGGACCCUCUGGGCCACCAAUAGGCACGUCCGGAAGGAGGACACGCCUUUUUUUUUGUAAGAAAAAAUGAAUAAACUUUGAUUUUCUCGCUCCUUUGAUGGACCAUGUGCAGAGAGAGACAACGCUGGGAUGUUGUCAGGUGGCUGGAGGUUCCUGUAUGAGACGCAACACAAUUUCAGAGCAGACGCUCGAACGUGGAGGAGCUCCAAGGUCUUUAAAGGUGUUAACACUGAAGAUCUUUACGUACAAUUUCAAAAGCACACCGACGUGUAUGAAUAUGACACAUGUACAGGUAUAUGUGUGUGUGUGUGUGUGUGUGUGUGUGUGUGUGUGUGUGUGUGAGAGAGAGUGUGGUUUGUAUAUGUCCGUUUGUGGAGGUGGAACCCAUGACUUUAUUCGGCGCUCAAGGACGUUGGGAUGAUUGUUGUUUAUUGUUUGGAGGAAGAGGAGUCACAUAACAAUACACACACACACACACACACACACACACACACACAUACAUACAUACAUACAUACAUACACACACAUAUACACAAACAUACACUUACACAGACAUACACAUCGCUUCAUGCACAAGAACACUCAAGAAGAAAGCACACUGAAUCACUGAGUCAUUAACUCACUGACUUGACUGACUCACUGAGUCAUUAACUUACUGACUGACUUACUGAGUCAUUAACUUACUGUCUGUCUCACUGACUGAUCCACUGUCUCACUGAAUGUUCAACUGACUGAAGGACUGACUUUCUCACCAACUUUCUUAAAGGCUGUCCUACUGACUAUUGCUGAUUUUCUCACUGACUCACUCACUGAGUUAUUAACUCCCUGACUCACUGACUGACUCACAUACUGACUCACUGACUGAUUGACUCACUGACUCUCUCACUAAGUCACUUACUGACACAAUCACUGACUCUCUGACUGACUUUUUCAGCAUCUGUCCCACUGACUGCCUCAUUGACUCAAUCACUGAUUUAAUUACUGUCUCACUGACUGAAACAUGUGGAUGGUUUUUGUAUUUGUUAACGGAACGUGGGCCAACUCAGUGCCUUUUAUACUACAGUUAAUGUUACACACACACACACACACACACACACACACACACCUAAUGCAUCAGAUGUCCACAUUAACACACUUCUCAUGUUCAGAGUUCACUCUCUGCCUUAAUCGGGUCAGGCGCCGAUUUCAGCCAUGUUUCUUUGGACUCCUCUCCUCCUGUGCGUUCGAUCGGGGGUCAAAGGUCAAGACCUUAAGCCUUCUCACUACGGUUGCAUCACCCAGAAGCGCCGCGACGCUUCUGUCUCCGACGGCGACGACGAUGACGAAUGAUGAUUACGAUUACGAAGACCAACUCCUGUUGCUUUUGUCCUUUUCCGAUCACUAUUUAGUUUUUUUUUGUCCCUUGUACAUAAAACACGCGCGACUUUAAAAAAACAAACAUUCUUUUUGUUUAUCUUUUUUUUUUUUCCAUUCUAAAAACUUGCGUGUCUGUGGUCACUUUUAUAUGGAGACGUUACUCUUUUUAUAUGAAAAUCUAACACACACACACACACACACACACACACACACACACACACACACACAGCUAUCAGUGUUAAUCUGCUCAGUCAAUUUAAACUAUUCUUUAUGGAUUAAAGUGUGUAAUGUGGAAUUUCUUAUAUCUCUAUACAUACAUUCAUACACACGUGUGUGUGUGUGUGUGUGUGUGUGUGUGUGUGUGUGUGUGUGUGUGUGUGUGUGUGGUGUAUGUUCUGUUAUGUCACUGCGCGAUGAAUGUGGCAUCAGGGUUUUAAAGGCAGGUAUGAUAUUUACAUUUUUUUUUUUUUGUUUGCAUUUUUUUCCGUUGUUUUUCACACACAACAAAACACAACAACUGCAGCCUUUGUUUUUUUUUUUUUAAUGCACGCAAUAAGGUAAGACACCACUGAGACACUAAAACACUCAGACGUUUCGAAUCACAGAGCAUUUAUUUCCGAUAAAUUUUAUUUUCAUAACGGUUCGUUGUUGUUUAUGUGUUUAUAAAAGCAGGCGACGUUUAUUCUUAUUUUUCUCUUAUAAUACACCCGAAAGGCCACAUUUGGGCAUUUCCAUUUUCGUGAUUUAUUAACGUUCAAUUCGUUAUGUCAUGGUCUUAUUUUUUUUUUUUUUUUUUUUAUCUUGAGUCUACUACCGCUAAUCUUCCAAGUGGGCGGGGCUUCACCCGGCACGUUUCUUUUACAACACUAAUAAUACAUAAAGAAAAACCUAUAAACUCUGUAUACGCUCGAAGGAAAAAAAACAUGCAUUCUUCAAAACGUUCUUCAGGUUUCCUCUCUUUUACCACCUGACAUAAGAGUUCCACAUGAUGCUUUAGGAACUUUUAGGAACCCUUAUACAGAGAUAUAGAACCGUAUACAAGGAAGCUUUUGAAGAAUCUUUUUUUGUUGUUUUUUUUUCCUCUUAUAGUGUACACGUUGCCCCGUCUGAAUUUUUUUGGGGGACGACUUUGCAUUUCUGUAAAAUGUUUUCGACCGAGUUCUUUCCAAAAAAAAAAAAAAAAAAAGAGACAGCACUGUGAAUUAACUCGAGCAUUAAAGCAUAAAAAUAAAUAAAAAAUACGAAUUUUAUUAUAUA